UGCCAGUAGACCUGUUACAUAAACAGACUUUUUGCCAUUGAGCUAAUUUUUUGCAACAAAAAUCAUUAUAUUAACCAAAUCAGUCCCACAAACCACACUCAGCGCUUGUAGAUAACGAAGUGCCAACUCAUAUUUCAAUUAAACAGCAUAACGAUAUCUGAUGCAUGUUCGAUAAAUAACGGAACCGAACAGUUAUUAAAACAAUCGGUGGGAAACAUAAAUAUUUUAAACAAAUUGAUCGCAGUUCGUGUUCAGACAUUCGUGACACUGACGCCUCGUUUAAUGUAAGAGUAUAAAGGACAGUGAUAAAACAAUGUGGAAUAAAGGACUUAAUGGAAUUAAGGAUUAGUAGUGCAAUACCAGACACGAUAAAAAAAUAGAAAUAGAUAAAGUUAUAGAUACUCAAAUACAUGAAGAUAAUACAAAUAAUGAAAACGACAUACUUAAUACUGAUGCUAACACUAGUGGAGUCUAAGUAUCUAAACAAGUUGUGCGACCUGCCCACGAACGAUCCAACGAAGCAGUGUUACGUGAAGGAGGCUCUCUUCUCCAUCAGUCACAGCCCCAACCAAUUAGCUGUCGAUAAAUCAACAAACACUCUUUACUUUAGCUUCGAUACGGGGCAGGGUGAAUACAUACCGGCACUCCUGAAGAUCGAUACGAGAAAACUAACUGUGUUACAGGGCAUCAAAGACGCUUUUGCGAUAGCAAGCAGCCCAGGUGAAAUGUACUUCGGAGGCAGCUACGGUAUAUAUAAAUAUGACACGAUCAAGAGAAAUCUCUGGAGGCUGAACGUGCCUAACUUGGAUAUAUGGUGGUUGUUCAUAAAAAAGAAUAUUCAUUUCAUCAAAUUUCCAAGUUUGAAUGCAUAUUCCUACUCAAAUAGAACUGUUAAGGAAAUGAAAGCAUUUAGGUCGAAUAUUGUUCAUCAAUUUGUAAUUGAUAAGAACGAUAAUUUGUUCUUUAUUAACAGCACUGGACUCUACGGGAUCAAGAGUGGUACGAACGUUGCCUUACUUUUGAAGAACAGUCCUAGGUUUAUUGGAAUGGCUAUAGAUCAUAAGAAUGUGGUACAUGUGUGCAGUGAAGAAGGGAUUUACGUUGUUAGGAAAAUGAUACAAAAGGUAAAGAAAAUUAUCAGCAUCCAAGGAGUUCUCGGAAUGACGUUCGAUAAGGUGAACAAUUUGAUAUAUUCAGAUUCACAUGAGCUAGUGCGUUUAAUCCCCAUGGCUAAGGGGACUUAUGUUAGCAAUGGUAUAUAA